AUGAGUGAGACCAAUAAUAGUAAUGCCACCAAGGAAAAGUCUGAGGUGGAACAGGCUGCAGUUGAAUGUCCCAUUGGUGAACUAGACAAAAGUGCUAAAAGACCAAGGGAAAAUAACCAGGAUAAACAAGGAAAAGAAAUAAGCGACAAAUCAGAAACAACCAAUGAUGAUAACCAUGAGAAGAGGGACAAGGAAGCGAAAAAAGACCAUGAGUUACCACACAAAAAGGUCAAGACUAAUGACGGAAGUGCCGCAGGUACUGCUGCUGUAGAAUGUGACAAAAAGAAGGAUAAAUUUGUAUUUGGGGCGGCAUCUAAAUUUGGGACUGGGUUCGGUAUUGCCAAGAAGGACAUGAAAGAUGGAGAGCUAGCCAACAGUGUCAAAUCGUCGUCGGCUUCUGAUAGCAAAACAGAGAAGUCAUUUGCAUUUGGUUCUGGUCUGUCUUUUGGCAGCGGCUUCAAAAUAUUGAAAAAUAAAGCAGACAACAACUCUGGAGAUGAGAACAAAGCCCCCAACGACGAAGAAAAAGUUGGUGAUGGAUCUGAAACACUGGCAAGGGCCUCAGAAGAACCGAACGACAACCCAAAACCUCUUAAAUUGCAAAAACAAGAAAUUAGAUCAGGUGAAGAGUCUGAAGAGUGUAUAUACCAAGUCAAUGCUAAACUAUAUCAACUCUCCAAAAUUGAAGAAGGCUGGAAGGAGAGAGGUGUUGGUGUCAUCAAGGUUAAUAAAAGCAAAGAAGAUAAGGAGAAAACGCGUAUUGUCAUGAGGUGCCGCGGUAUCUUGAAAGUCAUUUUAAAUAUUCAGCUAGUCAAGGGAUUUACUGUGCAGAAGGGGUUUACGGGUUCCUUGCAGAGCGAGAAGUUCAUAAGAUUACUAGCAGUCGACGACAACGGUGACCCCGCACAAUAUGCUAUAAAGACUGGUAAGAAAGAGACCACGGAUGAAUUGUAUAACAUUAUAGUCAAGUCCGUUCCUAAAUAA